UUGGCAUUGGCAGUUGGCUUCGCUGUCAAACGGAAAAUGGCAGCGACGAGUGUUGUCGUUCUCGACAGAGGCAAUAAUACAACUUGUACCGUAAAUCUUUUCGGUGCCACAGUAGUAUCAUGGCGUGUGAACAAUCAAGAACAAUUAUUUGUAAGUAAACAAGCCGUGUUCGACGGCAAAAGGGCGAUACGAGGAGGAAUUCCGUUCGUGUUUCCUCAGUUCGGCCAAUGGGCAUUCGGUCCGCAGCACGGGUUCGCGCGGGUGGCGCGCUGGCACGUGGAGAAGCUGCCAGAACGGCUGGCAAGCGGCGACGUCGAGGCCAUCUUCAGCCUCAUGGACGAUGACUUUACGCGCUCCAUGUGGCACUUUCAGUUUAGACUGACGUACCGACUGAUCCUGCGCGAGAAGGAGCUGCAUUUCAACAUCGGCGUGUACAACCCCAGCAAGGAGCUGACGUUCAGUUGCCAGCUGUUGUUGCACACCUACUUCAAGGUGCCCGACGUCCGCCGCUGUCAGAUCACAGGCAUGCACGGCUGCAUGUUCAUUGACAAGACGCGCGAGGGUGCAGUGUACCAGGAGACGCGCGAGGUGGUGACCAUCAACGAGUGGACGGACCGCAUCUACCAGAACACGAUGCAGGAGCACAUCAUCACCAACGUGGUCAGCGGCCGCAAGAUGCGUAUACAGAAGUACAACUUCCCUGACACAGUGAUCUGGAACCCGUGGUCGGAGUUCGCGAAGGAGAUCGGUGAUUUUGGAGACGAUGAGUUCCCCAACAUGGUGUGUGUGGAGGCGGGCCGUGUUGCUGCACCCAUAGUGCUGCUGCCAGGCACAGCAUUCGAGGCCAGCCAGAUACUGCAGGUGAUGUAGGCGUUUUGGUGUAAGGUCAUACUCAGCCGUCCACGUGGUGUCACCCCCCCCCCCCCCUCCCCCGACACAAAGUGCAACCGAUUCUAACACCUAUUGUUAUUACAAUAAUCACCUUUUUAGUUUGCAUACUGUUGCUAAGUAAUUGCUGUAAUCUGAGUCGUUAAGUGGUCCUUAUUGUAGACUACACUGAUAAGC